GCCAUAUUUGAACCAAGAAAACAAACAGAGAAAAAAUACAAGUUUAAAAAUUAAAUAUUUCUGCUUGAGUCCAUUAGAAUUAAAGCAAAUAUGACCUCCAGCUUGGAGGAUCCGACGCUUGAGCGCCACUUUAAGGGCCACAGAGAUACUGUAACUAGUGUUGACUUUAACCCUAACAUGAAACAGCUAGUGACAGGGUCGAUGGAUUCAAGUCUGAUGAUCUGGCACUUCAAGCAUCAUAUGAGAGCAUACAGAUUUGUUGGUCAUAAGGAUGCUGUUUUAUCAGUGAAGUUCUCUCCAUCUGGUCACUUGAUUGCUUCAGCAUCGAGAGACAAGACUGUCAGACUAUGGGUACCAAGUGUAAAGGGAGAGAGUACUGUGUUCAAAGCUCACACAGCAACUGUACGUAGUGUAGAUUUCUCAAGUGAUGGACAAUCAUUAUUGACGGCAUCAGAUGAUAAGUCACUCAAGAUUUGGACAGUCCACAGACAAAAGUUUCAAUAUUCCCUCAAUGCACAUAUGAAUUGGGUGCGAUGUGCAAAGUUUUCUCCAGAUGGACGGCUGAUAGUUUCUGGUAGUGAUGACAAGACGAUCAAACUGUGGGACAGAACUAGUAAAGAUUGUGUUCACACUUUUUAUGACCCUGGAGGCUUUGUCAAUUCAGUAGCUUUUCAUCCAAGUGGGACAUGUAUUGCAGCAGGYGGCACUGACAAUACUGUUAAAGUCUGGGAUAUUAGAAUGAACAAAUUAUUACAACAUUACCAAGCUCAUACCGGUGCAGUGAAUUCCAUGUCAUUCCAUCCUUCUGGGAAUUAUUUAGUUUCUGCUUCCAAUGAUACAACAUUAAAAGUGCUUGACCUGAUGGAGGGAAGAUUGUUUUACACGCUACAUGGACACCAGGGUCCUGCUACGAGUGUGGUGUUUUCUAGGAAUGGAGAAUACUUUGCAUCUGGUAGCUCUGAUGAACAGGUCAUGGUAUGGAAAACUAACUUUGACAAGAUUGAUUAUCAAGAAGUAUUAAAGGCCCAUAGGAAGAGGGCAGCACCAGGAUCUCCGUGCCAUACACAUGACCCUCCCCCACCUAGAACACCCCCUCGGCAUACUGUACCACAGAUCAGUGCAGCUGCUGAGCCAAAGGAUAUGGGCGCCCAAGACCCAGAAGUAGUAGAAGUAGGCCCUGCUAUGUUUUCCAUACCAAGACAACAAAGCAAGUUAGAUGAGUUUACAAGUCACAAUGGUCAACCCCCAGUAGGACUUGGUGGGGUAGUAAAUGAUCCUCCUAUGACAACCCCCCUGGAGAGAAGGGAUAUUCCUCCCCAGUUAGCAAACACCCUGGAACAUAUUGUGGGACAACUUGACGUUUUAACACAGACUGUGUCUAUCCUUGAGCAAAGACUUUCUAUGACAGAAGAUAAGUUGAGAGAAUGCCUUGACAACCAGCAGAAAAUCAGUCUCCAGAUAAGACCAAACCAGUAAACUAAUGUAUCAUACAAUGACUAACAAUGCUUUAUUCCAAUUAUAUAUAGGUACGUGGUGUGUUAAUGUAAAUAUUUUGAACUGUAGUGUGGAAUACAUCUCAUAUCAAAAUU